GUCAGCUCAGCUGUCAAUUUAUUACUGAACCAGUUUUGAAGAGUUUGUCUUCUCAUAUGAUUUCUGGACUGAAAACGGUUUGAAAGAUGUUUUGGACUGUUUUGUUCUGUUUGUGGAGUCUGGAUGCUGGUGUGUUUGGUGUUAAAGUGACGGAGGGAGAUUCAGUCACUCUAAACUCUGAUCUUACUGAAAUGACGGAUGAUGACGAGAUUCAGUGGAGAUUUGGACGUGUAAAGAUUUUAAUAGCUGAAAUCAAUAAACGGGCCGACAGAUUCACUGUACAUGAUGAUGUUCUUGAUGGGAGAUUCAGAGACAGACUGAAGCUGAACAAACAAACUGGAUCUCUGACCAUCACAAACAUCACAAUGAAACAUGCUGGACCUUAUAAACUACAGAUCCUCUAUAUAAGGAUUGAUUACAUUAUCACUGUUUACGCUCGUCUGCCUGUUCCUGUCAUUGUCAGUAACUCUUCACAAUGUUCUUCAUCAUCAUCAUCAUCAUCAUAUUGUUCAUUGUUGUGUUCAGUGGUGAAUGUGAGUCAUGUGACUCUCUCCUGGUACAAAGGAAACAGUUUAUUGUCCAGCAUCAGUGUGUCUGAUCUCAGCAUCAGUCUCUCUCUACCUCUGGAGGUGGAAUAUCAGGAUAAAAACACCUACAGCUGUGUGCUCAACAAUCCCAUCAGCAACCAGACGAGACAUCUGGACAUCAGUCAACUCUGUCACACAUGUUCAGGUGUGUUUGGUGUUGAAGUGACGGAGGGAGAAUCAGUCACUCUAAACUCUGGUCUUACUCAAAUAAUGGAUGAUAAUGUGAUUCAGUGGAGGUUUGGAAAUGAAAAUACUUUAAUAGCUGAAAUCAAUAAACGGGGCGAUAGCAUGACUGUAUAUGAUGAUGUUCUUGAUGGGAGAUUCAGAGACAGACUGAAGCUGGACAAACAAACUGGAUCUCUGACCAUCACAAACAUCACAACUCAACAUGCUGGAGAUUAUAAACUACAGACUAACAAACUGACUGAGAGUUUCAGUUUCAUUGUCUAUGCUCGUCUGUCUGUUCCUGUCAUCAGCAGUAACUCUUCACAAUGUUCUUCAUCAUCAUCAUCAUCCUCAUCACAGCAGAAUUGUUCAUUGUUGUGUUCAGUGGUGAAUGUGGGUCAUGUGACUCUCUCCUGGUACAAAGGAAACAGUUUAUUGUCCAGCAUCAGUGUGUCUGAUCUCAGCAUCAGUCUCUCUCUACCUCUGGAGGUGGAAUAUCAGGAUAAAAACACCUACAGCUGUGUGCUCAACAAUCCCAUCAGCAAGCAGACGAGACAUCUGGACAUCAGCAAACUCUGUCAACCAUGUUCAGACUCUGUCCACUGUUGUGGUUCUACUGAAGCUGUGAUCCGAUUGGUCCUCUCUGCUCUGGUGGGCGUGGCUACUGUCGUUCUUCUGGUUUAUGACAUCAGAUCCAGAAGAACUGAACAAGAUCAAGCACAUAUUCACACAUCAGGAAGCAUUGCCUAAUCUAAAGCAGAAUCCUGCACUGCAAAGGUUCUUCAAGUGUGUAUUUUGUUCUUCUAGUGUUCUUUGUCACAUUAAAUACUGAUGAUUAUUUGAGCUUGCACUUUUUCUUUUAUUGUCAGACUUUUUGAAAGGUUUUAUUGUUUAUAUUUCCCUCAGAUACAUAAAACAAAUGAAUAAAGGGAAACACACAUCUCAUUUUACUGCUGCUGUCCAUUUGUCAUCUAUAUUUGC